AUGUCGUUAGCCUGCACGUCUUUCUCAAUUAAACUCCAUCCGGCUAUACUACAUGCGGUUAAUAACCUCUUGCUUUAAUUUGUGAAAUCAUUAUAAAGGGACGUAUUUAAGUUAAAUUGAGGCAUAAAUGUAAACUGUUAAUUCGCGGAGAUGUCUAGAGUGAGGGUGGUUGUGCGCUUGAAAUGUAGGAAGUAACUUUUCAACUUUCCACUGACGACGAACAGCAGCGGCAGCAGGAGGAGUACGUCACACAAAUCCUCAAAACCUCGCCGAAAUACUUCCCAUUUCUCUAAAAAGGCUGUAUUACUGACGCCGAAGUAUUCCUUAGUGGGUUAUUUUCCAUUUGAAAGUUGCUUCAAGUGACUUCUUCGACUACCUUUACAGGAAGCACGCAGCACAGGGGGAGAAAGUCCUCGACAGAAGAGCUUCCUCAAAAUGGAAUGAAUGUUUUUCCCCCUUAAAGGAUGAGCAAUUCCGAUGGUGAGGCCCGUGUCGUGCAGAUCUACCAAAGGGUGUCCCAGGAUGCUGCCGCCAAUUGCCCGCUGCAGGUUGCUGCUGGGGACACGGCCGGGGCAGUGGUCUCCAACGCUGUGGCCAUUCUGGGGCUGGAUGAAAGCAUCCAGUAUAGCCUGUUGGAGGUGAGGACGAGCAGCGACGAGGAGCAGCGACUACAGGUUGAUGACUUCCCCCUGGUGAGGGUCAUGUUGUGGCCCCCGGAGGCCCAGAAAUGGCACCCAGAGAGCCUCGGGUACUACUUCGCCCUGGAAGAGGCAGAAAAGCCCGAGGAAGAGUACAAUGAUCUUUGCAACCUACCUGCCGUAACGGAAGACGCUGUCGUGGAAACUUUAUGCCACCGUUUCCUAAAACGUAAAAUCUACACAUAUGCAGGCAACAUCCUUAUAGCGCUCAACCCUAACAAGUUCCUGCCAGUGUACUACAACCCAAAGUACGUGAAGAUGUAUGAGAACCAGCCGCUGGGCAAGCUCAGCCCGCACAUUUUUGCCAUGGCAGACACAGCCUACAGAGCCAUGCUGAACCACAAGGUGGACCAGUGCAUGGUGAUGUCUGGCGAGAGUGGCUCUGGCAAGACUGAAAGCAGCAGCUAUCUGGUGCACUGCUUGACAGCGCUUAGCCAGCAGACAUACUGCAGUGGCAUGGAGCGUUCCAUCCUUGGUGCCAGCCCUGUACUACAGGCUUUUGGGAAUGCAAAGACCGUAGCAAACAACAACUCCAGUCGCUUCGGGAAAUUCAUCCAGCUCAACUACAUGGAGAGCGGUGUCAUCCGAGGGGCAGUUAUCAUGAAGUACCUACUUGAAAAGUGCCGGCUGGUUCACAGAGAUAAGGGUGAACGGAACUUCCAUGUCUUUUACUAUCUACUGGCGGGAGCGUCUAAUGAUGAGCGGGAGGAGUUUAGGCUGUUAGCACCACAAGAUUAUGUCUACCUCAACCAGGAAGAUCUUGGCUUGGAUGAUGAGGAGAAGCUCGUGCAGGAGUACAGGAGGCUCCAUCAAGCCAUGGAGAUGGUCGGCUUCCUGCCUUCCACCAAAAAACAAAUAUUUUUCACCCUCUCAGCCAUCUUGCUUUUGGGCAAUGUGAUCUUCACUGAAUUGGAGAACAAUGAGGUGGAGGUGGGGCCCGCUGACAUUUUGGCCACCUUGUCAGACUUACUCAAGGUCAAAAAAGAGACGCUGGUGAAGACUUUGAUUGAGAGGAGAGUCUUAUGCAGUAAUGGCACAGUGUUUUCACAGUACACGCUACAGGAGGCCGUGGCGGCACGGGACUCCAUGGCAAAGUCUUUGUACGCCACUCUGUUCGACUGGAUUGUCCUUCGUAUAAACCAUGCUAUGCUCAACAGGCGGGACAUGGAUGAGUCCGUUUUAUGUUUGUCCAUUGGGGUUCUGGAUCUGUUUGGCCUGGAGAACCUACACACAAACAGUUUUGAACAGCUGUGCAUCAACUACGGCAACGAGAAGCUUCAGUAUUACAUUAACCAGCAAAUCUUCACUCAUCAGCAAGAAGAUUAUGAGGCUGAGGGCAUCAGUUGGCAAAACUUUGAGUACAGUGACAACAGCAAAUGUAUUCAUCUUAUCAGUCAAGGCCUCUUCAACGUAUUGAAUGAGGAAAGCAAAUUACCUCAAGCGACAGAUAAAGCGUUACUGGACAAGUUAGCGCUGCGGUUCAAAGACGACUUGCUCUUUGCAGCCUCUGCUGGCCAAGAGUCAUCUUUUGUCAUUCAACACUUUGCUGGCAGUGUUGCAUAUAACAUUGAGGGCUUCUUAGCGAAAAACACAGAGCACAUGAAGCCUGAGGCUGUAUCGCUUCUCCGUGGCAGCGAGCGGGCGUUCUUGAAUCACCUGGUUGCUUCCAGUCCUGCGGCAUUGUUUCGUUGGGGUUUUCUCCGGGCCACCUUCCGCAUCUUGGCCUUAUUCAAGAGCUUGGGACGCAAGCGUUCGGAAAAUCUUGCUGCCCGUCGUGCCUCCCGCAAAUCACUCAGAGACAUGAAACAGAGUAGCAGUCACAUGGACAGACUUUCCAGCAACAGCAAUACUCUGGACUUCUCCUUCGAUCGCUCUGACGAACAUCCCCUUGACGUCUUUGAGGACAUAUUUACCAACUUUGAAAAGAGGAAGAAAACAAGAGCCGGUCGACAGAAGCAACUCAUUCCAAAAAAUCUCAUGAAUUUGCACACGCUCCAGCACGUUGUUGGUCUUGAGGUGCACGAUCACACCCAUGUAUCUACGGGUGGACCUGCAACCAUGACCAUUUGCACACAGUUUGAGGCGUCACUCAGCAAGCUUAUGGACACUGUACAGAAAGCAGAACCUUCCUUUAUUUUCUGUUUACGCUCCAAUGUGAAAAAGAGAGAAUUUUACUUUGAUGAUAAACUUGUGCGCCGGCAAAUAAGCUACAUAGACCUCCUCCGCAUGGUUGAAGUGCAGAAGUCUGGCUAUAAUGCCAAAUAUACUUUCAAGGAAUUUGUUGAAAAAUUCCGAAUGUUGCUUCCAAACGAGGCCACAGAGUCCGCCGAACACAUCACGGAAAUGUUCAUCAGGAUGGGCUUGGCUCAGAACACCUAUCAAAUCGGAAAAACCAAGGUUUUCCUUAAAGAAAAGGAGAGGCAACUGCUGCAGGACAGACUAAACAAGGAAGUGAUGCGUCACAUCAUCACACUGCAGCGCUGGUUCCGUUCGUGUCUGAUGAGGAUGCACUUCCUGCAGAAGAGAGAUGCCUCGCUCAUCAUACAGAGGAAUUGGCGUGAGUUUCAAGAGAACCGGAGCAAAGCCGCUUCGGUCAUCCAGUUGGCAUGGCGGACUUCACUGAAGAGGUCGGGGCAAGAGUACAAACCAGGCAGAAAAGUGUAUUCUAAUGAAGGUCGAUCCGCACGAAACAGCUCAUCAAGAAAAGGACUACGUCGACAACACAAAGUGGAGCUGAGCCCUAACAGAAGUCAGCAGGCCGACACCGUCAAUGGCCAGUCCGCUGUCAGCAGGGAGAGGCGAGGGGGUCGUGGUUCCCCUCCGCCCUUAAACCGACCGCUAUCCCUGCCUUUGGACUCCAGAGUGAGCGGCGACAAGGAGACCGGUGGCGCUGAUUCACCAAAGAGCUCCUCUCUUCAGCGCUACAAUGACACCGGCGACUUUAAAGAGAAGGCCGAUAGGUGGCGGGAGAGAUUAAGUGACGAGUCCAGUCCAGAAGUGAAGAGGCGGCAAGACAAACGCAAGGAUGACUUCAAGCACAAAGGGAAGUCCAUGUCAGCGGAUGAACUGUCCAAAAUCAGCACGUCUGGCUCCGACAGCUCUCCGCCUGCAAGCGAGGUCAGGGUGCGCUUGCGCAAAAAUCGCAAGCGCAAGCGGCGGUUAGCCUACGCCCGCAGUGGCUUGAUGAUUAACUUUGCCGGCUCCAAGGAGAGCGAGUACUGGAGCUUUCCGCUCCCCCCCUUCAGCCCCCGUGCGAGCACCUUGAAGACUUCAGCCAGUAGUGUGGACGUCCGAGCCCUCAAAUCUCAGAUCCCUGAAGAGCCAGAUGGGUCCAGAUACAGCCUUCCUGCCAGGAAUUCCAAUGAAAAUUCUGAACCACAGAGAUCUAACCAAUCACAUCUCACCACCCCAGAGAAAAUCUGGUUUCUCAGUAGAUUCUUGCGAAAACGAACACCUAAAUUACCUGCCAACAAUGAUUCUUCCUCAGAAGAUAAAGCUGUGACCUUACCGACCUACAAGACUCAGCCGUAUAAGAUGCCCGUGCAGAACUCUGGGCAGAUGGCUCGCAACCCCACCAUCAAAAUUAGCCGGGCAACGCGGGGCUUGCGUUGGAACGUCUCACUGGAGCGCGAGAUCCAAGACUCCAAAGAGCUGCGUAACCUGGACGAGUUUCUCGGCAACCAAGUGAAUGACUUACGUACACGGAUCAAAGAACUGUCACCAACAGAGAGCAUCUUCCUCACAGCCACCAUGCAGUUCCGAGAGACCAUUAAAGGCAUGUUCUCUGUCCAGAAGCCUCAGAUCGGCUACAAAGAUCUAAUGAAAGGUUACCAACACAAAGUCAACUCACUGGCUGGCCCCAAGAAUAAGAACGAGGUGUCGCUAGUAGUCAACUUGUUCCAAUCGAUGCUAGAUGGCUUCAUCAGAGGCGAGAUCAAGAGGCUGGACACUGACCCCGUCAAGGCUGCCAAGACAACAAAGAAACGAAGGAAAAAGGACAAAUGUCCUGAUGGUCCACUUGAUCACCGUUUCAGCACCUACCAAGUCAACAUCAUGCAGUCAUGUGACCUGUGUGGCUCCUACAUCUGGGGAAUGGAGAAAGCUUACAUGUGCAGCUCAUGCAAGUUGAUAUGUCACAAAAAAUGCCUGGACAAAAUCAUCACUGACUGCUCAACACGCUGUGCCCGACAGGACGACAGCGUUCCCGGCGGUCUUCACUUUGGGGUGCACGUGUGCGUACUGACUAGCAAAGCCAACCCUGUGCCUAAGGUGGUGGAGCUGCUGCUGAUGUAUGUGGAAAUGAACGGCCUCUACACCGAAGGCAUCUACCGCAAGUCAGGCUCCGCGUGCCGUGCCCGGGAACUCCAUCAAAUCAUGGAGUUGGACCCUGAGGCAGCAAAUCUGGAGAAUUACCCCAUCCACACAAUCACAGGCCUGGUGAAACGUUGGCUCAGAGAGCUGCCUGACCCGCUUAUGACCUUUUCUCUCUACAAUGAUUUUCUGCGUGCUGUGGAAUUUCCAGAGAAAGCUGAAAGAAUACGGGCGGUGUACCAAAAGGUGGAUGAACUUCCCCUUGCCAAUUACAACACACUGGAGCGACUCAUCUUCCACCUUGUCCGCGUGGCCAAGGAGGAAGAAUCCAACAAGAUGACACCAAGCUCCCUCGCAAUCGUCUUUGCCCCGUGCAUCCUGCGCUCCCCCGACUCAGACGACCCAUUCCUUGGCAUGAAGGAUGUGGCCAAGACAACCACGUGCGUGGAGAUCCUCAUCUCGGAACAGUUCAGGCGCUACAAGGAGAAACUGCAGAACAUUCAAGAGCUGGAAUACGCAGAGGCCCUGGCUGUCAAUCAACUUAAGCUGAAGAGACAAAAUACUGUAAAAAAAAAAAUAAAUAAAAAAUUAUUGCUCACCAAAUCAGCAGCAGUGAGCGAGGCUUGUAUUGUAACAUUAAUGUUUUUUUUCCUCCUCAUCUCUCUGCAGAUUGUGGAAAAACCAUCGGCGCUGCAAGUUCCUGACCAGACAGAUUCGGAUGAGAGGACUCUUAUUGAAAGAAUCCGCUCCAUCAAACAGGAAAAGCUGGACCUGGCCUGCAGGUUACCCGAUCUGGAGCAGGAAAACUCCGACAAUGAGAUCUUGGACUCUUCAUCCUCCAUGAGCACAGAAAGUCUGGAUGAACGGCUCAACAGUCUGGACUUGGAAGCAGCAGCAAAGGAGAGAGCACAGCUGGCAGUCAACCUGAUGAGCAAAGUCGGGCGUGGGUCGGAGGAUGUCAUUAACCCCGAGCACUUCGCUGGUUGUCACUCUCCCACCGUGGAUGAAAACAAAACAUUUAGCGGAACCUUUGACAACCUGGAUAUUCCUUACAUUGAUGAAACGGAGGGGAAGACCGAGGAAGACGCAACGGCCAGUUAGCACUACACUUGUUUGGUGGUGUGCUCUUUUGUGCUCCAGGCUUUAUGAUCUCUCAGUGCUGCUAUAGAAACAGGCCGUACAGCACGUCACUACAAUGUUGCUUUUUGGAGUGGAGAACCAUCUGUGGCAAUGCCUGACUAUUUGACACAAAACCUUUGAGGAACAUUUGACCUGCAAAUGCAUAAUAAAUAUUAAGCAUGGACCUCUGAAGACUCUCCAAAACUGUUUGAGAGUAAGUUGUUAUUUUACUGCACAGUCAAAUGUUUUAUCAAAGUACUAAAUAUGCAUCAGGAUGACAGUGGACUAUACAAACAAAAAAGGCUUUUAAUGUACAAAAACAAUUCUAUUAGUAAUGUACAUAGUAUUUCCAUCAGAUUUUUUGUUUGUUUUACUGCUUUGACUGAUCCAAAUUUCUCAUUGUUGCCCUUUUGACAGGUGUUUGCCGUUCCCGUGUGUGUACAAGGGCACAUAAGCACACAUGCACGGUAUUUUUGCAUGCAGACCGAUUACAUAAGUGCCCGUGUUCAACCCAAUUAAGUAUCCGUUUACUGUCAAUGACCAACAGGUUACAUUUACAUGCUUGUAACAAUUAGAAUGUGUUUGUAUCCCUAUCCCACACGUGGUCCAAAAAAAUUCUGAUAAAACUGAGCACCGCCUAUUGUUCCGCUCAUUCUGGAUUUCGAUUGCUUCCAAAGGUCACUAUUGAUAUCACAAGGUCUGUUUGUUUUGCCCGUGUGUUUGACUGAAGAUCAUUGUCUUCAUAGUACAUCCAUAUUGAUUCAUCGGCAUCCCACUGCUAGGUAUAAUUUUACACGUGUUGAAGGCAUUGUGCAACACCUUAUAACCCCACACCUCACCUCCUCAUUUCUACUUUCCUAUAUGAAUGCCAGUACAUGUUCUAUUUGUAGAACCUAUGGCAGGCUAAAGGCCCAAGUACACCGCAUGCGUGAUCGUUGCGUUUGCGGUCCGGUUCAGUGUUGCCUGCGUGCCACGCAGUCCGUCAAAAACAGGCAAAUCAUACCGGCUGCUGCACGGCUGCGGUCCGCCAACCUCGUCCCCCCCGUGAGCUCUCGCGUGAUCGCGCGCGAUAAUGUGCCAUUUAAAACAACGAAAAACACACGGAGUCUAUACUCAUCAGAGAAGCAGAGAGAGAGCACAUAUUUUCUUUGCAUAUUGAUAUUUUAGUUAAUCUGGAAUUAAGAGACAGACAUGACUGCAUCAUGAUGAGAUCAGGACAGAAAAACACACAUAAUAGGACACCUUGCAGCUUCCUUUUUUAUAUUGUCCUUAUAGAAAGGAUUGCUGCAUCAUAAAUGAUUUUGUGGGUUUCCACCUCCAUGAUGAAGCGCUCAUCAUCCAUGUUCGCUGGUGUUUAAACCGUGAUUAGGCACCUGGGUUGUUACGUCCAGGCCCAGCUCCGCCCAUUUUGGCGGAUGCGUGUCCGGCAAAAAUAGAAAAUAGCCUAUACCAUGCGGCAGGCAUGCGGCACGCCGGAGGUGGUUCGCAGUCAAGCCGGAGCACUGACGCGGCCGGUAUACGUUGAACAAUAGGAUAUAAUGGGAACGGAUUGGCUCCGGCGCUAUUUUUUACCGGAGUCGGACCGCAAACGCAACGAUCACGCAUGCGGUGUACUUGGGCCUUUAAUAAACUGACCCAUUUUUUCCCCAGAUGCCUUGGAUUUACAUAAAGAUAUGAAAUUUUUUUGUCAAUCAACAACAAGUGGGACACAAUCGUGAAGUGGAACAACAUUUAUUGGAUAAUUUAAACUUUUUUAACAAAUAAAAAACUGAAAAGUGGGGCGUGCAAUAUUAUUCAGCCCCUUUACUUUCAGUGCAGCAAACUCACUCCAGAAGUUCAGUGAGGAUCUCUGAAUGAUCCAAUGUUGUCCUAAAUGACCGAUGAUGAUAAAUAGAAUCCACCUGUGUGUAAACAAGUCUCCGUAUAAAUGCACCUGCUCUGUGAUAGUCUCAGGGUUCUGUUUAAAGUGCAGAGAGCAUUAUGAAAACCAAGGAACACACCAGGCAGGUCCGAGAUACUGUUGUGGAGAAGUUUAAAGCCGGAUUUGGAUACAAAAUGAUUUCCCAAGCUUUAAACAUCUCAAGGAGCACUGUGCAAGCCAUCAUAUUGAAAUGGAAGGAGCAUCAGACCACUGCAAAUCUACCAAGACCCGGCCGUCCUUCCAAACUUUC